CCUGGCCCGGCCCCGCCUCCACUUCCGUAGCGUCGGACCCGGCUACUCCGGGCGAGUCCGCCGCUGCAGGCUGGAUGAGAGCAGCGCGCCUCAUGAAGGUGUUCGUCACCGGCCCGAUUCCCGCCGAGGGCAGGGCGGCGCUCGCCCAGGCCGCAGACUGUGAGGUGGAGCAGUGGGAUUCCGAUGAUCCCAUCCCCAGGAAGGAUCUGGAACGAGGUGUAGCAGGGGCCCACGGCUUGCUCUGCCGCCUCACUGACCAUGUGGACAAGAAACUUCUGGAUGCCGCAGGAGCCAACCUCAAAGUCAUCAGUACCCUGUCGGUGGGGCUUGACCACUUGGCUUUAGACGAAAUCCAGAAGCGUGGGAUCCGGGUGGGCUACACGCCAGAUGUCCUGACAGAUGCCACUGCAGAACUUGCUGUAUCACUGCUACUCACCACCUGCCGCCGGUUGCCAGAGGCCAUAGAGGAAGUGAAGAAUGGCGGCUGGACCUCGUGGAAUCCCCUGUGGAUGUGUGGCUAUGGACUCUCCCAGAGCACUGUCGGCAUUGUGGGCCUGGGGCGCAUAGGACAAGCUAUUGCUCGACGACUGAAACCAUUUGGUGUCCAGAGAUUUCUCUACACGGGGCGCCAACCCAGGCCUCAGGAAGCAGCGGAAUUCCAGGCAGAGUUUGUGUCCACCCUGCAGCUAGCUGCGGAAUCUGACUUCAUUGUAGUGGCCUGCUCCUUAACGCCUGCCACCAGGGGGCUCUGCAACAAGGACUUCUUCCAGAAGAUGAAGAACACAGCUGUGUUUGUGAACAUCAGCAGGGGAGAUGUGGUAAACCAAGAAGACUUGUACCAGGCACUGGCCAGUGGUCAGAUUGCAGCUGCAGGACUGGAUGUGACCACCCCAGAACCACUGCCUACAAACCACCCCCUGCUGACUCUCAAGAACUGUGUGAUCCUGCCACACAUUGGCAGUGCCACCUACAAAACUCGCAACACCAUGUCCUUGCUGGCAGCCAACAACUUGCUGGCCGGCCUGAGAGGGGAGCCAAUGCCCAGCGAACUCAAGCUGUAGCCAGAUGGGCUGCCAUGGGCUGGAGACACAGUACCCUAGAGUCUCACCAGACACAUGCAGGCUGGACUUGGACUCAGGUGGGAGCCAGAGGAAGCAUCCUCUGAAUCGAGGGACACUGGUACUACUGGCAAAUGGGCUUGCCACUUUGGAGGAUGGACACAUCCAUGCCAAAAGCCUGUAAUUCUACCAUUAAAUGAUUUUCUGACAGAC